AUGUGUUAUGUGGGUAAAGCAACGAAGAUCUUCAUCUUCAUAGUGACAGUUUUGGCUGUGACCGGACUUCUAUUGGGAUUUGGGCUGCUCAGGAAACACGUUCAUGGCGAUUCCCACAAAUGCUCUUCCGAUUCAUGCCCCGAGGCCACCCCUCUCAUUUUCCCCUCUCCAAAUUCAAACCCUAGUAGCUCCACUUUCAAGCCCACUCCUUCUACCAAUCCUAAUCCAUCCCUAACUCCGGACCUGCCUCCGCCGCCGACCGAUAAUCCAGGCCAAAAUGUUCCGGAUUCGCCUCCGCCUCCGACGACAUUGUCUUUGCCGCCGCCGCCGCCGCCGAGCGACAAUCCAAGUCCAAGUGUUCCUGAUUUGCCUCCACCUCUCCCAGUGUCGCCCCCACCGCUAGAGUCGUACUCACCGCCGCCGCCUGUGGUGGUUCCCGAGACGCCGCCGCCUCCUGUGGUGGUUCCCGAGGCGCCGCCGCCGGUGUUCAGUCCUCCUAGCCCGGUAGUGCCCGUAACACCAGGUCCAGUGAAUAAUUCUUAA